AUGUCCUGGCAAGCUUACGUCGAUCAAAGCCUCCUUGGCACCGGCCAUGUCGACAAAGCGGCCAUUUUCAACGCCGAAGGCAACUCGGUAUGGGCCACCUCUCCGAACUUCAACGUGACGCCUGCGGAGCUGCAAGAAGUGGUCGGCGCGUACAAGGACACCUCACAGCCCAAGAAUGUCCAGUCCACAGGUCUGCACAUCGCCGGCCAGAAAUAUAUCGUCAUCAAGGCCGAUGAAACGAGUCUGUAUGGGAAGAAGGGCCGAGAAGGUGUCGUGAUCGUAAAGACGAAGCAGGCGCUCCUGAUCACACACUACCCUGAGUCAAUACAACCCGGCACAGCUGCGAACACGGUUGAGAAGCUCGGCGCCUACCUAGUCAGUGUGGGAUAUUGA